GUGGCCCUGGAGCCGGGAGGGCCAGUUGGAGCUAGGUUCUGAUCGGGGAUAAUGUCGCGGAGCGGGCGGCUGCGGUCUGGAGUGAAGCCGAAGCUGAAGCGCUGGCGGAAAGGGCAGAGCAGCGAAUCCAACCCGGAGACCCACCGCUUCCGGGAUGCCGCGCGGAGCGGCUUCUUCAGCAAACCGGCCGGUAAGAGUGAUCUGACAGUGGAUGUGCUGAAACUGCAUAACGACCUCCAAUCCAAUAGUUUAUUAUUUGAUCCAAGAGAGAGCUUGGCAGAAGAGCCCUCUUCCAAGCAUGAGGAUGGUGCUGCCUCAGAAGAAACCGCUGGCACCUUCCUCAGUGGUCUGUCUGAUUGCAGCAACCUGACCUUUCGCCGAGUGCAGCGCUUCUGGGAAUCCAACUCUGCUGCCCACAAAGAGGUGUGUGCUGUCUUGGCAGCUGUUACUGAGGUGAUUCGAUCUCAAGGUGGGAAUGAGACGGAAACAGAAUAUUUUGCAGCUUUGAUGACCACGCUGGAAGCUGUAGAAUCUGAGGAGUCAAUUGCAGCCGUUGCCUACUUGCUGAAUUUGGUAAUGAGACGUGUUCCUGGUUCUGUCCUGAUAAAGAAGUUCUCAGACACAGCAAAAGUUUUUAUGAAUCUUUUGGCUGCUCAAGUGAACUCAGGAUCUACAGCAGGUCUGCGAUGGAUUCUCGCCUGCCUCUCCACACUGUUACGCAGGCAGGAUUUGACUGUGUGGAGCUUCCCCUCAACUCUUCAAGUUUACCACGGUCUCCUCAGUUUCACUGUACAUGCCAAACCAAAGGUCCGGAAAGAGGCGCAACGCAGCAUCUGCUCUGUACUCAAGGGAAGUGACUUCAUGUUUGGAGACUUGGCUCCACCCCAUCACCCGGCCGCGCAGUCAACAGCCAGAUUCUGCAUAAAGGAGAUUGAGGAGUCUGGAGGUGGUGGUCAGGGUACAACAACACUGCACGUGUUGGGUUUGCUGAAGGAUGUGCUCCCUUGUUUCCCUGUCAGUUGUGUAAAAUCGUGCUGUGAGACUCUGCUCAGGGUCAUGACUCUCAGUCACGUGAUGGUGACGGCUUGUGCGAUGCAAGCAUUUCACGGACUCUUUGUUGCCAAACCAAACUCGGCAGUCCUGACAGGCGAACUCAACGCUCAGAUCAUAACUGCUUUGUAUGAUUAUUUGCCAAACAUCAGUGACCUACAGCCUAUCCUGGCUUGGCUUACCGUGAUGGAAAAAGCACACAUCAGCCUGUGCAGGUUGCAGGGUUCGUUGUGUUUGGCUCAUCUCCCUCGUCUUUUCUCCAUGGCUGUUAGUUGUUUCCUUUCAUCACACACACAGCUCAUGGCUGCUGCAGCCGAAACAAUGAAGGUCCUGCUUAGAGAGUGUGUGGCUCCAUUCGCUGAUGACAUUGGUGUAUUUGCUUCAUCUUCCCCAUCUGGACCUGCCUCUUACAUUUGUAAGAUGUUUAGGGCAGUGGAGGAUGGGCUGACUUAUCGAUUCCAUGCUUCAUGGGCUUUCGUUCUACAGGUCCUCAGCACAUUCUUUGAGGUCAUCGGCAAGCAGGCCUAUCCAGCGAUGAAGCAGUGUCUACAGACUCUGUGUGAUCUGCGAGAGACUCCGCAUUUCGCCUACACUGGGGAGCUGGAUCGGGCUGUGGGAAUGGCAGUUGAAUACAUGGGGCCAGAAUCUGUUCUACAGGCAGUCCCCCUACAGAUUGAUGGCACUGAGGAGAAGUUCGACUUUCCUCGGAGCUGGCUCAUUCCUGUGAUCCGAGACCAUGUAAAACAUACACGGCUCACCUUCUUCAACCAAUACUUUCUGCCCUUGGCUGCAAGUCUGAAGAACAGAGCGCUUGAACUCGCACAGUCUGGACGACCCCUUGAAGCUAAACUUUAUGACACAUUGCAAUGGCAGAUUUGGACAAUGCUGCCAGGAUUCUGCACAAAACCCACAGACACAGCUGUGGCUUUUAAAGCUAUUGCAAGGACCCUGGGCACAGCCAUCAGUGACCGGCCAGAUCUCCGACUCACCAUCUGUCAGGCACUUCGCACACUCAUCAGCAAAGGCUGUGAAAAUGAGAUUGAUCGGGCUGAAGUGAGUCGAUUUGCCAAGAACUUCCUGCCAGUUCUGUUUAAUGUUUAUAGCACAGAACCAGCAAGUGGAGAGAGUGCAGCCUACAGGCUGCCUGUGUUGGACACUAUCAAAGUAUACUUGACCCUAGCUGACCAGCAGCUGGUGUGUGGAUUUCUGGACAAAGCCACUGAGAAGCUGAAGAAUGCAGAGAGUUCAGAGUUCACGCGGUUGUCACUUAUGGAUCUGAUUGUGGCUAUGGCACCCAUGGUUGAUGAGCUCAGCAUGAAUAACGUUUUCCAGACCAUCCUCCCAUUCUUGCAGAGCAAAGAUCAUCAUAUCCAGAAGAAGGCCUAUCGGAUCCUUGAGGAGAUGUGUGGUGGGGAGAAGGAAGCGUGCAGGCACUUUGUUCAUAAACAUUUGGAGGUGAUGAAAGAAACACUGCUGGGAUCUCUGAAGACUGCAGCCUCUCCUGCAAAGAGGCCAAGAUUGAAAUGUCUGAUUCAUAUUGUCAAACAGCUGUCAGUGGAACAUCAGCAAUUCAUUGUUGCAUUGCUUCCUGAGGUUAUAAUCUGCAUGAAAGAGGUCUCCAUUGGAGCUCGUAGAAAUGGCUACACCUUAUUAGUUGAGUUCGGACGGGCCUUUUUGAGGUUCUAUGAAGACUCAAGAGAGGCUGUUGGCCAGUACCUGGCAUUAGUAUAUGCUGGUUUAACCGGAUCCGUUACAAUGAUCAGCUGCACCGUUCUUGCACUCACUCGGCUCGUGUUUGAAUUCAAAGAUCAAAUGGACAUUUCCACUAUUGAACAGCUGCUUCAAAACAUCUGCCUCCUGCUGCAGUCCAAAACACGUGAUGUUAUCAAAUCGGCUCUGAGUUUUAUCAAAGUUAUUCUGUUCAUCAUGGAUACGAAGGUUCUGGCUCAGCAGCUGCAGGUCCUGAUGGAGAGUAUUGGCAAUAUGCGGGAUGAUAUGAGACGGCAUUUCCGUGUAAAAUUGAAAAAUAUCUUCACAAAAUUCAUACGCAAGUUUGGAUUUGAGAUGAUUGACAGUAUGGCUCCAGAGGAAUACCAUCGAGUGCUUGUCAACAUUCGUAAAGCAGAGGCCCGGAAUAAGAGGCAACGAGCUCUGAAACGAGCAGCGGGUGGCUCAGAGAGCGAAGAUGAAACUCCAAAACAGAAUGGGGACAGUAUUGAAGAGAUUCUGGCUGAGACUGAUUCUGAUGAAGAGGUUAAUGAGAAAACAGAGAAAGUGACAAAGAAACGAAUUGUCCAGAAGAGCUCUGCCUGGCUGAAGGAAGGGGAAGCUGACGAACCCCUCAAUUUUCUGGAUCAGAAAGUGGCACAGAGGGUGUUGGCCACUAAGCCAGAGAUGAAGAAGAAAGCAAGCAUUAAACACGAUUUCCCAGUGAUGUCAGAUGGCCGAUUGGUAAUCAGUCAAGGGGCAAAGGAUGAACAACUCAAAGACUCUGAAGAUGAAGCAAAUGAAAUCUUGGAGGAAGUUGGUGUGAAAACUAAAGCUGCACAGAAACGAAAGUUUAAAACUGCUGAUGAUGACGACGAAGAGAUGCAGACAGAUUCAUGCUAUAAAGCCGGAGGUUCUGGAAUUCACAGGCAAAUACUUCCAAAGAGAAAUAGACAGUAUGGUGCCGAGUAUAAAUCAACGAAAGGGCAAGGGGAUGUGAAACGGAAAGGAAAGCUGGAUCCUUUUGCUUAUGUCCCACUUAACAAAUCACAGCUGAAUCGAAGGAAAAAGGCGAAGAUUUGUGGCCAGUUCAAGGGUCUGGUUAAAGCUGCACGGAAAGGGGCAGAGGCCGGUCAUAGAUUACGAAAGAAGAAACAGACGCUGUGAUGAUUUGAUUGACUGGGAGAAGCUGCUACUAUUUGAGACUUCAAUGACUGACUUAUUACCAAUUUGUCGUCUUUGAUGCCUGGAUUCAGAACCUUAAAUCCUUAGUCUUAUUUUUCUGUUAAUGGAAUUAUAUUAAAGACUUCCACACCUUC